AUGUAUGCAAUAGUGAACACAGGCGGCAAGCAGUACCGGGUGGAGCCCGGCGACACGGUGCGCGUGGAAUCCUUGCCCGGAGAUCAGGGCGACCUGAUUGAGCUUGAAGAUGUGCGCCUACUGUCGGACGACGAUGGAGGGGUAACCGUCGGCGCGCCCAACGUUGAUGGCGCGAAGGUUACGGCUGAGGUCGUGGCACAAGGACGGGGCAAGAAGGUCAUCGUCUUCAAGUACAAGGCGAAGACUCGCUACCGCAGGAAGCAGGGUCACCGACAGAACUUCACCGAACUGCGCGUGACCGACAUUUCAUAUAACAAGGAUUAAGGGGUAAGUGAGAUGGCACAUAAGAAAGGCGGCGGCAGCACACGCAACGGACGAGACAGUAAUUCCAAGAGGCUCGGCGUGAAGCGCUAUGACAC